CACUCCGAUCAACUUUCUGGCCAGAAAAAUAUACCAGCUGAUUCCAGAGAAAACCUCCCCAUAAUUGUCUCUCCCCCCAUUUUCCUACUUCCCAAACACCCUUUCAAACCUCUCUCUCUCUCUCUCUUCCUCCUCGUCAGCCAGCCAGCCAGCCAGCCAGCCAUGGACAGGAAUUAUCACAGGUCCUCUACCUUCUACGACUAUCUCCACUACUUCACCCUGCUGCCAAUCCAAUUCUACUUCUUCCUGGCCGUCGUCUUCUUCGUCCUCGGCUUCACUUGGUACAUCAACUACGAGUCCAAGCUCGAAGACCUCAUGGAUCAGCUCAAGAUCCUUCUCAUGGUAGUUCCCGUGCUUCUGCUCCUCCUUGUCCACCUGCUCUCCAGCGAAGACCCCCGCCUCGUCCCCUUCAACGUCACCUUGCCGGAGAGAGACUCCCUCCACCGGGCCGGCGGCUCGCCUUGGGGUGUUGCCGCUCUGCUCAUCUUCCUCAUUUACAUGGUCUCCUACCAGUCCAAACUCCACGAAAGCUGGUUUCCAUUUUGGAGUAAAUAACUACUAAUGAUCGAUUAAGCAUGUAAUGUAAUCUCUCUUCUCCUUAAUUAGCGAGAGUCUAGAGAGCCACCAACCCUAAUAUGUAUAAUAAGCAUAUGUAAUUAUCUCUUCGAGUUGUAAUAUCAUGUUUUUUGCA